AUGGAGCACUUGCGCGAGAUCUGCAAGUGUCUCAAAACCAUAGUCAACUUCCUCCUCUGUCAUUCCGACAGCCUUCUGAAGCACGACCCCAAGCCAUGGGAUCCUCCCUUCGACCUGUCGCAGCCGAAGCUCGAUUCGCCUCUCGUCGUCGCCGUCGCCGUCUUCCUCUCGCCGUCGCCGUCGCAGAAGCUCGAUCCGCCUCUCGUCGUCGCCGUCGCCAUCUUCCUCUUCGUUGUUACUGCUCUCUCGUCUCUCUCUUUUUGCUUAUUGCCUCAUUUCUCCACUGGUGGAAUGCCUCUCAAAGCUAUUUCAAGGGAAACACAUGAAGCAAUUGCAAUUGCAAUGGACCUAUUAGGAGGGAAGUCAAAUUCUGGAGAAGGUGGUGAGGAUGGAGGUACCUUAGCUACAAUGCAAGGAAAUAUUGAGUUCAAGAAUGUUUAUUUCAGCUAUCUUUCACAUCCAGAAAUUCUCAUACUGAGUGGCUUUUACCAAAAUAUACCUACUAGAAAAACUGUGGCCCUUGUUGGUAGGAAUGAUUCUAGAAAAAGUAGUAUAAUUCCUCUUAUGGAGCGUUUCUAUGAUCUUACCUUAGGUGAAGUUCUAUUGGAUGGGGAGAUAUAA